ACAACUGAUAUAAGACAACUCAACGUCGUCUCGUCAUGCUUAUAAAUUACUAAAAUAUUUUGUGUGACGUAACACGUAAAUGACUAAUGAGUUAACGUCUAACGAGUUCGAAGCUCCGACAAUAUGACGAUUCACGACAAAAAGAAAAGCACUUUAACUAUCACUAUUCUCUAAUCACCAUAAUUGAUACUUGCCAAAUAACUAUUAAAAUUGAAUUAAUAAUUGCUAAUAAGUAAUAAGACAUAUAAAAUGAUGAGUAACUACUAAAUGAAUUAUCGUUUAACACUCGGUGUCAGUGAAAUGUUCAAUUAAAAUGCAUGCAAUUUCUUAUAUUAAAUUAAUAUCGUCAUUCAUCACUGAGUAGUUUGAUAAUUAUUUAUGUAAAUAAUUGCAACAUUAGAGCAGUUUUAAUUCUAUUUGAGUUCUAAUUUUUUGGUUCUUGACUGUUGAUUCGUGUUGAUUUUUAUAAAAUGAGUUAUACAAAUAAAGUUAUUCAUAGUGGAUAUUUUAAUGACACUCUUAGACAAUGGCAGUGUCAAAACACUCAAAUUACUUCUUUAAAUUUAAUGUAUCCUAUUUUCAUUUUAGAUGAAAAAGAUGUAAGGGAAGAAAUAAAAUCAAUGCCAGGUAUCUAUCGACAAGGAUUAAACCAUAUCAAAGCCAUGUUGGAUCCAGUUGUUGAGUCAGGCCUUAAAUCUAUCUUAAUUUUUGGUGUGAUCAAUAAACUAUCAAAAGAUCAAUAUGGAACACAUGCCGAUUCUUUUGAAAAUCCAGUUAUUCAAGCCUUACCAUUAUUAAAGGAGUGGUAUCCAAAUCUUGUAAUAGCUUGUGAUGUAUGUCUAUGUCCAUACUCAUCUGAUGGGCACUGUGGAAUAGUAGAAAACAAGCAAAUAGACAAUGUAAAAAGCAUUAAAAGGAUUGGAGAAAUAGCAUUAUCAUAUGCUCUUGCUGGUGCAGAUAUUGUGGCUCCGUCUUGUAUGAUGGACGGGCAUGUAACAGCUAUUAAACAGAGUUUAAUGAAAGAAAAUUUGUUGAGUCGAGUUAGUGUUUUAUCAUACUCUGCAAAAUUUUGUUCUGUAUUUUAUGGACCAUUUAGAGAUGCUGCAAAUUGUGCACCAAGUUUUAGUAAUCGCUCUUCAUAUCAAAUUCCAGUAGGGAGUUCAAGUAUUGCAGAAAGAGUAGUGGAUAGAGAUAUCUCUGAAUCUUGUGAUAUGACUAUGGUUAAACCUGGUAUGAUGUACUUAGACGUAGUAAGAAAAGUUAAGGAUAAGCAUCCAAAUAUACCAAUAUUUAUUUAUCAGGUAUCUGGAGAAUAUGCAAUGUUGUAUCAUGCUGCACAAGCUGGUGUAAUACAGUUAAAAGAGGGUUUAAUUGAAAUACUAAGAAGUAUGCGACGAGCUGGUGGUGAUGUGAUUGUGACUUACUAUACUCCAGAAAUCUUAAAAUGGUUAAAAGAUGUAUCAAUAUUAUAAAUAAUAUUAUAUAUUUUACUGUGGACGUGGUAUAUUUGCUGUAGUAUUAUAAUUAUUUUUUUUUUGUUUGACCGGGUAUAUGUCCAGACUACUUCAGGGGUUAAAUUGGUUGUCUGACAAGAGUUUUAUUUUUAUCUGUUAUGCAUUAUUAAGGUAAUGGUGGUGUCUUUUCCUAAACAGUCUUCUAUACAUAAAGUGAUAAUAUGUACUCACACCAUCUACAAUAUUGUCAAUUUACAUUGGAAUCACUGCCAUUAAUUUAAGAUAAACUUUAUACCCAUUGCUCUGUGACUAAAAGUUUUCAAAAUUAUUUAUAAAGUAUUAAAGUGACUAUUAUAAAGCUGUAAAAAUACUACUUGUGCCCAUAAAUUGAAAUUUAGAAUUAAUUAUAUAACUGUUUCUAUUUACAUACUUAAGUAUAUAGUUCAUUAUGAUAUUACUAUAAUAUUAUAUGAAACACUAACAAUUAUUUUUUGCUAGUGUUUUUAUAGUAUGUCACUUAUGAGAAGCCUAACUGCCUAAGAUUAAUGAGUAAAUAUUAAAAUAUACUAGGUACCAGUAGUACCACUUUAGUCUACAUAGCUUUAUGUCUUGUAGUUAAUUUAAUUUGGGUAAAUGUAUUUGAUUGUAAUAAAAAAUGAAAAAUAAAUAUUACUUGGUAAAUUA